CUGUGUUGGACCAUGUGUUGCAGGUUCUCUUACACCGACCUCCUUAGAGUCGUACUGUAAGAAGGCAUCCCUCUCCUCCUUCCUCUCGCCCUCUUCUCAGCAGCACAGCAAACAUGCGUGAGUGCAUCUCUAUCCACGUUGGUCAGGCUGGUGUGCAGAUUGGUAAUGCCUGCUGGGAGUUGUACUGCCUGGAACAUGGCAUCCAGCCUGAUGGGCAGAUGCCAAGUGACAAGACCAUUGGAGGAGGGGACGAUUCCUUCAACACCUUCUUCAGUGAGACUGGAGCUGGAAAACAUGUCCCCAGGGCUGUCUUUGUGGACCUGGAACCAACUGUCAUUGACGAGGUACGCACAGGCACAUACCGACAGCUAUUCCAUCCAGAGCAGUUAAUCACUGGCAAAGAAGAUGCUGCCAACAACUAUGCUCGUGGUCACUACACAAUUGGCAAGGAAAUCAUUGAUCUGGUGCUGGACAGAGUCCGCAAACUGGCUGACCAGUGCACAGGACUUCAAGGUUUCCUGGUCUUCCACAGCUUUGGUGGCGGUACUGGAUCUGGCUUCACGUCUCUGUUGAUGGAACGUCUCUCUGUUGAUUAUGGAAAGAAGUCCAAGCUGGAAUUCUCCAUCUAUCCAGCUCCCCAGGUGUCAACAGCAGUUGUUGAGCCCUACAACUCCAUCCUGACCACUCACACCACCCUGGAGCACUCAGACUGUGCUUUCAUGGUGGACAAUGAGGCCAUCUAUGACAUUUGCCGUAGAAACCUAGAUAUUGAGCGCCCCACCUACACUAACCUCAACAGGCUUAUUGGUCAGAUUGUGUCCUCUAUUACAGCCUCUCUCCGAUUUGAUGGAGCCCUGAAUGUAGAUCUGACAGAGUUCCAGACCAAUUUGGUGCCCUACCCUCGUAUCCACUUCCCUCUUGCCACUUAUGCCCCAGUUAUAUCAGCUGAGAAAGCCUACCAUGAGCAGCUCUCUGUGGCUGAGAUCACCAAUGCUUGCUUUGAGCCAGCUAACCAGAUGGUGAAAUGUGACCCACGUCAUGGUAAAUACAUGGCUUGCUGCCUGUUGUACCGUGGUGAUGUGGUGCCCAAAGAUGUUAAUGCUGCUAUUGCCACCAUCAAAACGAAGCGUAGUAUCCAGUUUGUGGACUGGUGUCCUACUGGUUUCAAGGUUGGUAUUAAUUAUCAACCACCAACUGUGGUACCAGGUGGUGAUCUGGCCAAGGUACAGCGUGCUGUGUGCAUGCUGAGCAACACCACUGCUAUUGCAGAGGCCUGGGCUCGACUGGACCAUAAGUUUGAUCUUAUGUAUGCCAAGCGUGCCUUUGUGCACUGGUAUGUGGGUGAGGGUAUGGAGGAAGGAGAGUUCUCUGAGGCCCGCGAGGACAUGGCUGCCCUGGAGAAGGAUUAUGAGGAGGUCGGUGUAGAUUCUGUGGACGGAGAUGGUGAAGAGGAAGGAGAAGAGUAUUAAAUGGUGCUGCUUUUCACGGGGAACAACAAAACAUCUGAGAAAAAGACAUUUUUUUAUUGCUAAGCCAGUUGGUUUGUGUGUAGCAACUUUAUGUUCCAAUGUAUUUUUGCUGCAUUUACCUGUUCUGGUCCAAAACACUUGAAACUCUACGACAGAUCCAGUCAAUACAUUUCUGUGUUGGGUUUGUCAAUAAAACAUUCCCUGCCUUACGUA